AUGGGCGUCACGACUGUCGGACAAGUCGUCGCCAUGAUCCAUUCGGGGAGCAGGGGCUUGGCACAUCAGGUGGCUACGGAUGCGUUGCAGCAUAUGGAAAAGGAGAUGGCGAGGGAUGGGAUCGUGGUGAGUGAUAGGCAGCUCGCGUGUGCGCGGAUCGAGAGCAAUCAUUUGGCCGAAAUGGCAGCCGCAGCGAAUUUUGCCUGGGUCAACCGGAGCUUGAUGACGUUCUUAGCGAGACAGGUGUUUGCAAAGUUAUUUAAAAAGUCGCCGGCAGAGGAGAACAUGCACGUGAUCUACGACGUGAGCCACAACAUUGCCAAAGUAGAAACGCUCAAUGUAUAUGGGAAAGUGAGGAAGUUGCUGGUGCACCAUAAGGGGCCGACGCGUGCUUUUCCGCCGCACCAUCCGCUAGUGCCGUACGACUACCAGAUGAUGGGGUAG